UCUAAAUUUAUAGCGAAGAUGGAAAAUUUUAACAGAUUUGCCGAUUUUUGGGCAUUGGCAAAGUUGAAAACCCAUUUGACGAGUUAAACAUUAACCAUGGUUAAGAUUACCGACCAGUGAUAAUAAAGAAAUUGCGAAGUGAAAGGCAAAGGAAAGCUCUAUACGACUAAAAAAGAAUGUUUUAAAGUGUUUUUAUGGUUUUCGACUAUUUGGUAAGAGGCCUGUUCUGUCUGGGUUAAGAGGGUUUUGAGAAAAGGUCCAGUUUUGGGGGGAUUUUUUAAGAUUUGAGAGAGAAAAGAAAGGGCAUAAAAAGAAAAAAAAAAAUGGUGAUGAAGGUAUGUCCAUGGUGUCUCUGUGAUACCAGAAUGUUCUAUCCACUAGCCCUGUUCUUAUUAUAAGUGUUCUUACUCGGGUCAUUUGUGUUUGUAUCGGUUUUCCACUAGGUUGGGGAUUUUUCUUUUCUCUUUUGCUAAAGUAUGAUAAAACGCUGAAGUUGAGGAUUGAUAAGUGGGGUGGCUUAAAUUUUUAAGAGUUUACGGGUGGCUCUUUUAUUAGAGAGCAACACUGGGAAAGGGAAAUGGAAUGCAAUAAGGAUGAGGCCACCAGAGCUAAAGAGCUUGCUGAGAAGAAGUUCCUUGCAAAAGAUGUUACGGGGGCAAAGAAAUUUGCUUUGAAGGCCCAGAAUUUGUUUCCUGGGCUUGAGGGUAUUCCCCAAAUGAUAGCAACACUUGAUGUUCAUAUUUCUGCAGGGAACAAAAUAAAUGGAGAAACAGAUUGGUAUGGCAUACUCGGUGUGAAUCCACAAGCUGAUGAUGAAGCAGUGAGGAAACAAUAUAGAAAGCUGGCUCUAAUGCUUCACCCUGAUAAAAAUAAGUCUGUAGGAGCUGAUGGGGCAUUUAAACUUAUUUCGGAGGCAUGGAGUUUGCUGUCUGAUAAGGCUAAGAGAGUAGCAUAUGACCAGAAGAGGGGUGUGAAGGUAACGCGAAAGGUUUCAACACCUAGUGGGGGUUCAACAGCAUCAAAAGCGGCAAAUGGUUUUUACAACGUCACCAAAACAACCACUUCAAGCAUGAAGACUUCCAAGAGUAACCCACGUGCUGCUCAGUCUUCGAACUCUGCUGGUCGUUCGUCAAACCCUGCUGGUCAGUCUUCAAACCCUGCAUCAUCUCAUAUGCCUAAACCAAAUACCUUUUGGACUAUCUGUCAUCAAUGCAAGAUGCAGUAUGAAUAUCUGAGAGUGUAUCUUAAUCAUAACCUAUUGUGCCCCAACUGCCAUGAGCCAUUUUUGGCUGUAGAAACUGCUCCCCCAACUGCAUCAGCCCCUACCCCUUGGAAAUUUUCACAGCAUCGGCAGAACUCAAAUAGUCAAGCAGGUAAUAAAAGCUCAAGUAAUUCAGGAAGAAACCAUAUCUCUUCUUCUAAUGCCGCAGGAUUCAGUGGUCAUGAUUCAUAUAGUCAAAGCAACUUUCAAUGGGGUCCUUUUUCUAGGACAGGUGGUUCUUCAACUGCAGCUCAAGCUGCAAGUGUGGUUCAGCAGGCAUAUGAGAAAGUGAGGAGAGAGCGGGAGGAAGCACAGGCAGCUACAAAAAGAGAAGAGGCCAUGCGGAGAAAGCAUCAUGCCUCUAAAAGGGCAAGUGGUGUGUCUUCAACUGGAUUAACUAAUGCUGCUAAGAGAAGGAGAGGCUUGGAAGAUGGUAGUGCAAGCACCCAUGGAGCUAAUACUACCAAUCGAAUGGGUGUAGGAAAUGGAGGUACAGCUAAUCUAUCUGGAUCUAAACAAUGUAGUUUAGAAACAGGUUGGACCAAUGGAACCACUAAGCAGAACACUGCAAGAGAUAUCUCCCUGAAAGAAAUUCAAAGUCUACUGGUGGAGAAGGCCAAGAGAGAAAUUCGAAAGAAACUGAAUGAAUUGAAUUCAUUGUCCGCAGCUAAGAUUGCAUCCAAAAAUAUUAUAGGCAAUGAAAAUGCAAAGGAGAAACAAAACAAAUCUUUGAUAAACAACGAAGCACAGGAUCAGAACAAGUCAGGGGGUUUUGUUGAUCAAAUCAAUGGGGACCAUUAUGUUAAGUCUUUUCCUGGCAGUUCUGGUGUCCAUGUUGACAUGAAAACAUUGGAAGCAAUGUCCAUACAUGUUCCAGAUCCAGAUUUUCAUGAUUUUGACAAGGAUCGAACUGAACGAUCUUUUGAAGAUAACCAGGUAUGGGCUGCAUAUGCUGACAAUGAUGGGAUGCCUCGUUGUUAUGCUAUGAUUCAUAAUGUUAUUUCUCUGAAUCCGUUCAAGAUGCGGAUCAGCUGGCUUAAUUCAAAAACUAACAGUGAAUUGGGUCCGCAUAACUGGGUAGGUUUUGGUUUCUCAAAAUCCUGUGGCGAGUUCAGGAUAAGCCGGCAUGAGAUCUACAGCUCACUUAAUUCUUUUUCUCACAAGGUUAGGUGGACAAAAGGAAUGUGCGGGGCCAUUUGUAUAUAUCCUAGAAGGGGUGAUGUUUGGGCUAUCUAUAGGAACUGGUCCCCUGACUGGAACGAGUUAACAGCCCAUGAAAUAAUACACAAGUAUGAUAUGGUAGAAGUACUUGAUGGGUACAAUGAGGAACUAGGUGUCACAGUUACUCCCCUUGUCAAGGUUGCUGGUUUCAAGACAGUCUUUCACCAACAUCUGGACCAUAGAGAAAUUAGAAGGAUUCCAAGAGAAGAGAUGUUUCGUUUCUCUCAUCAAGUUCCUUCAUACUUGCUUACAGGUCAAGAGGCUCCUAAUGCUCUGAAGGGUUGCCGGGAGCUAGACCCAGCUGCUACUCCAUUGGAACUUCUUCAGGUAAUUAUAGAUGUUAAGGAAGAAGAGAUUCUGGAAAAUUCUGAGAAGAUUAAUGAAGAAAAUGUUGUGGAUGUAGAAAUAGCUAAAGAUAGAGGGGUGCUAGAGAAUUGUGAAAAAGCUAGGGAACAAGAGGACUGUGGUUCUAAAGUUCUUGAGCAAAUAGAAAUUGUAGCCAAUUUUAGAAAUACUUAAGAAGAUUAGCGAAUAGAGCAUACUGAAUAUGUAUCAUUAAUUGAGUUCAAGAUUAACUGGUUUGAUGUGGACAGAUGAUAUGGCCUGUUGUAAAAUCGGAUGGAACUCAUUUCAUGGUCAUCUGAUAUAUACAACCUUGGGCCGUUAUCUGACUUUGAACUUGUGAAGGUGACCUCAAAAUAUAUAUCUAACCUUUCAAUGAUCUUCAAGUUGAUAUUUUAGGAGGAGAAAAAAUCCACAGGGGUUUCUAGUGGAUCAUCCUGAAGGCUCACUCUGGUGCCAGCUCUACCAAAUGGAACUUCUUGGGGUUUUGAAAGCGGAGAGCUAGCUAUACAUGCAGUUUCAGGGUAGAGAACACCUCUUUGUCUGAUUGAACUCUUUAACAUGCAGGCACUCUUACAAUUACAAUUUCAUAGUGUUUUUCUUGCUCAAUUUUCACAUCCAUGAGUAUUUGACCGUCCUGGAUUCAUGUUCUUUUGUACUUGGCUGUAGAGUUGUACCAUUAGUUCAGAUUAGAGGUUCAAUAAACAGUGUAGAUUAUGAGUUGAUACAGUUACUGCUUUAAUCAUAUCUAUAAUGAUUAUAUACUUUUAUGAGAAUUUAUCUUUUUUCAAUCAGAGAGUCCUAUUUCUUCAAUAUCUUGAUGUGAUCUUGGACUCCUAUUGAGGUAAUGGAGGAGGCAAGAAUGCUGAGGCUUAACCCUUAUUUUGGAGGCUCUGACCUAACCCAUCAAAGCUCAACGUUUAUCUGUGAAAUGAACUUCUAGAAAUCUAACAACUUUGUUUCAUCCAUAAUCAUGUUAUUUUAUGGCUUUGGGUUUGUGCUCAAAUGCAUGUUUUGUGGUUUGCCUUCCAGCAGCUGAUGAUUUUUGACUUUGCUUUACGUAGUCUGGAAACGUCUCACCAUGGUUGAAUCAUUUUCAUGGAGUUCUUUUCUGCUGUAAAUGCC